AUGUAUGUAUUAAAAUUUAUUUUUUUAACUGCUAUUUUUAACUAUAUGCAUUUAACUACAAAUGGAGCUAAAUUUAGAUGUUACUCUUUUUUUGGCUUUAAGCCACCAUGCUUUCUUUAUAUUGAUAUACUAAAUGAUAAUUUUUUUGCUAAAACUGAAUCAAUCUUACCAAAAGAACUUUUAUUUGACUUAAGAAAAUUAUUAAAAUUAAAACAUUUUUUUAGUAAUGUUGUUAAAGAAUUAAAUUGUUAUAUAAUGGGUCGAUAUAACCAAUAUUGGAUGAAACUAAUUUGUAAGAAAUAUGGUGCCAAAUACAAAUAUCAAACGUAUUUGACAUUCUACACAACUAGUCCAAAAACAAAUUAUGAAAAAAAACUUUAUAUGGAAGUUAAAUAUGGAAGAAAAUAUUCAACAAGUUGUUUCAAAAGUGCUUCUAGAAGAGAAUGA